UGUGGGGGCGCUGUGCACAAAUCCGGCACUACAAAUCUACGGAAACUACAUCCGAAGAAGCAGCCCGUCCCACGACUUUGAGGUUAGCAGCAGCCGCAGCGAUUUGACCUUUCCUCUACAGCAAAUCCUCACAAAAUGGCUGGACGCUGGUUAGGAACUUUGUGGGGAAGGGUUUCCCCCUACUACACAAAGGCUUACCAGGAGGUGUGGGUUGGUGUAGGCAUCAUGGCAUAUUUUUACUACAAAAUAUCCUAUGGAGGAAAGAAAGCUGUGAAGGACAGUAAACCUGGCCAUUAAGCUGUCUGCUGUGUGGACCUACCUCCAAUCCCAUAUUAUGAUACCCCUGUCAUAAACCAGAGACCAGAUUUGUGUUAAUUUUGUUAAUAUGGAACCAAUAAAGUUGAUAUUUAAAAUG